ACUUGCUUUUUCUCUUAAGGACAGACACCUCCAAAUACAAAAAUUUUCUCGGUAAACAAACACACUCCUGUUUCUCGAAUCGAAUUUAAUAAACAAUAAUAAAAGAAAUUGUAAAAAUAGUUAGUGUGAUCUUAGACUUCUUUAUUAUCCGUACUUGCGUUGCGUGUUUUUAUAUUUUGCAUGCCUAUAUGUAAAUGGGUGUGUAUGUAUGUGUAAAUAUUUUUACGUACUUUGUUUUUAUUGUCAAGUGUAGUGUGAAAAGUCUAAAUAAGAGUAAGAGGCUGCAUUAACCGCAGUUAACAAAAAAAUCCUAAAAAAGUGAAACGGAAACACAAGUUUCAAUGAGAGCUUCCACUCGCCAUUGUAGACUUUUUUGACAUAGGACAAUGGCGGGAAACCUGGUAAAGUGGUGGAAACAUAAGUUCCUUGGCGGAUAUAAACAAUUCUCAGUGCAAGAAUGUGCAACGGAUUCAGAGGAGCUAAUCUACCAUCAAGUGCGAGCCUCGUCCUCUUGCAGCGCACCCCCUGACCUGCUACUUGUAAGUGAUCGCGAGAAUAAUCUGUCAUUGCAAUCUGGAACAACUUCCAGAAUUAAUCCGACAUCGACAGCGACAUCGCCCGUGGCAUAUAUCAAUACAUGUGCAUUAAGUAAUAACAAUCAAAGCGAUACUCAAAAGAACCACCGCAUCGUAAAACAAACAUCAACAUCACAUGACAGUAGUUGUAGGGACGGCAGUAGUAAGAACUUGCUAAAGUCCGGCGUGCAUCGUCAAAUACCAUUUGACCUACAAGAGUCUCAAGUCGGCGUUGAGACACCACUCGAAUGUCAACAGAGUCAAUCAUCCAACCGCUUUGUCCAAAAUGCACAGCAACAACAACCUGAGGACCACAUACGAUUAGAGGAAUUCACGUGUGAUGUCUCAGUUGAAGGUGGGAAAGCGUCACAACCAUUGCAGUUUUCCUUUACGUUUUAUGACUUAGAUGGCCACCAUGGAAAAAUUACAAAGGAUGACAUCGUGGGCAUCGUUUAUACUAUAUAUGAAUCGAUUGGUAAAUCGGUUGUGGUGCCACACAGUGGUAGCAAGACAAUAAAUGUACGCCUUACAGUGUCUCCCGAGGAUAAAGCGUCUAAAUCAUCGGCUACCACGAGAGUGGUACCCUCAAAAUCAUGUGCAUUAGAACAGCAAAAUGUUCCGUUGAAUAAGGUAUCUGGUAAUGUCUUGGGUAGGCGGACACAUCGGUACAGACCUCGGAAACUUAUUAGGUCCGAUGAAGAGGACGACGAAAGCGGCAGCGACAAGGAGCGCGAUGCAAGCUGUACAAGAAACCCUGGUGUUCCUCUCCUGACAACAUCCACAAAGAAUAACAGACUGCCUAAAAACAAACAAAAUCUUCAAUGCUGCCAGUCUGUUGCGCAAAGCCAACCAAAUAGUGAAGUCAACGUAUCCGAAAAUAUGUAUAAUCUCACGAAGAAAAGCGGCCACGAGACUUGUCGCCAGUGCCUGGCUGUAGUCGAAGAAAAUGUAAGCGCAACAAUAUCGCCUAAACCUGACCAUAUUCUGCCAAAUUCAAGCAAGCCAGUUUCGAAUGAGGCCUUUAUGAAACAUGCAGCAUUAACGCGAAUGAAAUUGCUAAGGAAGUCGAGAAAACAAAAGCUCCAAGGCUGCAAUCAAAUUCGUCAACGUAGCUUGUCUGUUGGGAAUGAGACGUGCUGGAAUAAUCGUCAUUUGCAAAAGUCACAGAAUCAAAACCAGUUGGCUUGGGUUGAUCAACAGCUUAACAACACCGACAUACUAGAUGGUGUUCAGCUGCGUAACGCUUUUCAGGCCGAGAAUACAUCUGUUUCGCAGACACGCAGCUCGGCAGAGUGUUGGAAAACCCCGCUAAACCGUAACGACCUAAUAAGCAUUAUACGGGAAAGUAUGGAGAAGAAUCGAUUGUGUUUUCAACUGAAUGGAAAACCUCAAGCAAAUGUGAGCCCUAUCAGGCAGCAGACUCCUCAACGCCAGUCUUCAAACAAGAACAAACACAUCCCAAGUCAGUCACGGGCAAAAACAAGAAUCCCGAUGUUAAUUGCAAACCAUAACAGUCGGUCGAUCCAUUUUUCCAAUAACAAUGAUUCAUCCUUGAUGACUGAUCAUGUAAAUAACCCUAGUAUUCUCCAUAACCAACCGAACAUGCCUAUGUCCCACCAGCAAUUCGCUCCGAACUCAAUAAUAUCAAAAUGUAGUCAAAAUGGUUCGUCGGUACUUAAUACAAGAAUGCCCUCGCAGCAUGGCAAAAUGAAUCUCUGUGGAUAUGACUCUUUCCUACAUGCCACAAUAUGCGGUGGUGCCACACUAAACCAUACAUCGCCAAUUUCAACAUCACCGCAUAUCAAAACAAACAAUCAAACAAACGAAACAUCAAAUACUCAUACUAAUUAUAAUUCUCAAAUCGCUACAGUACCACCCACUAUCUUACCGGCCUUGGCAGUUAGUCCCAAAACCGAAUCUAAGUAUGCGGGCAUUCCCGUCGGUUCUAAUCACAAUGCUAAAACUGCCAAGAGUCCCCGCAAUGUGUCUCUUCCCCAUGGCCAUCAUGUUAAUACAACUGGCAAUUCCACAUCCCAUAACUCACCUCAAUACCAUGGUUACCAGCGAUUGCCGUCCGGAAGUAAACAUAUUGCUCAACUCGUGAGUCCGGUACAGCAAAGUACAGACAAGGUUCAAAAUCAGCUUCAAGAAAAAUUCAGGUCAAAUCAGAUACAGAAUUAUGAACUGUACGCGAAACUAACAGAGAAGUUGCAGCAGACAAGUUUGGCAACUUCGAACAAAGAGAAUCUUCAUAGGCGAAGUAAGCACCGGUUGCAGCGACAAAGGCGUUCGAACGGAUCAUUGUUGCACGCAAAUAAAACAUGUAAUUUAUCGUUGACGGCUUCAGGCAAAACUGAGGGUUACGCUUCUGUAAUACCCUUUUGCGAAGACCCCGUAGAGUUUCAAAAUUUGAUAGCUCAAACAAGCGAAGACGAGUGUCACUCCCCGCAUGAAAAUAUUGAAAGCGGAUCCAAUGACAUGCAAAAUUCGCCAGAGACGAUACAUGUAGCUGAAGCAACGUUAGUCGAUCUCGAUUUAGAUGAGGGAAAUGACGAUCAGGCAGUAGCUGCGAAUCAACACCGUAUGGGCAGUAUUAAACACAUACCUCCGAGUGGCGAUUCAAAAAGCGGCGUUGACCCCGUUGAGGAUGACCUUGAAAUAGAUGACGAACUGGACCAAGACCUGGCCGACUUGGAAGGAAUUCCAGUGUCUGAAAGUGGCCGAAAUAGCUCAAUAAGCAAUGAUGCGAAUGACACGAUUGCCAACACCAGUGCCACCUCCUCUCUUAUUCACAGAUAUGUUCACGAACAUAUACAUCACCAUUACCAUCAUUUCGAGGAUAAAGAUGAAUAACUGACUAUCUACUAUUAAGUGAUAUUGGCAACGAGUCCUGAAUAAUAAUAACAAACACAAUUUUGGUUGUCUUUCUGUAGACCACGAAAAGGAGGGGGACAAGACAAUGUUUAAUCAAUACUCUCUGAAAAUUCUAUUUGUUACUUUUACAUGAGUAUAUAAUCUCUCUUUUGAUAUCAUCUAAAAAAUAACAUCGUUAUACUAAUAUCUAACUCAAUGCAACAUUUUCUGUUUCGCUCCAUAUGCUCGUCGUACAUAUUUAAAAAUACAACCGCAGAUGCCGACAUCGAAAUUAGCGAAUAUUUUAGUAAAUACACACUAUAGUAUAUAUUUAUGGUUUAAGUUGCUGCUGCUAUGUAUGUUCUGCCGCCAGCAAAGACCGCAACAAUAAAAGCAUGUUUUAUCAGUGUUUAGCUAUAUGAACUGAAUCGAUGGCAACAGGUGGCCACGCUGAGGUACAUGAAGAUGGGUCUGCGAUCUUCAUAAUGGCUCUUCUGAAAUAAAUAUAAAAACAUUACCGUUCCAGCUCUUGCGGUUAUCCUAAUUUUUUUUUUUUUUUGCGCACCAGAGUGUGUUGUGAAACAAAAAGUAUUAUAACAUAUACUAUUUGCCCACUCGAAAUUCGUGUACAUUCGAAAGUAAACAUUUCAGUUAACAUUCACACUGCAUGUUUUAGACUUAAGAUAGCCGUAUUUUAAACAUAACAUACCUGCAUACCAUCAUAUUUCAAACAUACAUCAUAAAUUUGAAAGACUGAUUUCCUCGAUUUAUAAAAUAUUUUUUACAUAAACAAUGUACGUACUAAGGGCAUUGAUAAUUGAACUAAUAAAUGUAUAUACAAAAAUUA